AUGGGUCGUCUUCGUCUGCACAGUACUCCGGAGGAGAAGGUUUCUGCGAGGCGUGAGAGCUGCAAAAAAUAUUAUGAAAAAACUAGCACCGCCAGAGGAACUCAUUCUAAAAUUCAUUUCGACCACAUGACCAAUGGCUCAAUGUACGACUACGUCGACCUUAUUGUUAAUGCUUGCAUCGAACAUCCGGAUCUUGCCCUCAGGAUUUUAGAGGAGCAAGGCAAGGUCUGGAUGGAAUUCAUCCUAGGCCUUCACCAAGCGCUCGACAGCAUUCUUCAAGAAUAUGGAUGUGGAGAAGAGUGGAAAGGGGCAGACCUAGUAGUGAAAGAUUUCCGGCACGUUCUCGCACUCAUCGAGGAUGUCCACGCCCAUGCGCUCACUGCCCUGGAUGAGAUGGCUGACUGGCGUGAAAGUGGCAUCUAUGGGUACCAGAUCUGCCGGGAAGUCAAGGAUGCCAUUCUCGCUUGUAUCAUGCCUGACUGUAAUGAUAUUACCACGUGCUGUCGCCUCAACCUUCCAACUUCUACCAUGUCCAAGCGUUCAAUCCGACCCAAGGUCACUGUUAUCGUCGCUCCUGAGAUCUCGUUUAAGGUCCCGAGCCGGAAGCUAAAGGACCCUGAACCUGAGAUCUCAAUUUUCCGUGACCUUGGCAUUUACCUCUCUCGCCGAAAUAAGCGAGCGGUUCAAGUGAAACUCUUGAAACUGCUGCUUCCCAGUUUCUUCGCAGUGUACGAACAGGGGCAAACCCAGGCCUUUUUUGAGCGCGCAUACCAAGUCUGGUUCCUACGUUUUCCCAACCCCGAGCAUCAGAUUACGGUGGAGGAGAGCUAUGGCGAAGAUCCUGAGUACACAGAAUUCAUUUGCAAGCAACGUGAAAAGAACGAGAUACAGAGUCCGAAUCAACGUGCCUUUUAUUUUCCCAUGAGAUCCAAACGCAAAACAAAGACUUAUGUUGUGCUACACAACGAAUCUGACGACGAGACACUCGCCAUUCCACACGCCCGUUCUUUCCACAUAACCAGUGAUGGUCUUCGCAUUCAGCCAACCCCCGCCUCUCCACAAAAAGGGACUUCAAGUCGUUAUUCCCCUCCUCCGAGUCCCGUGUAUGACUGGAAUCCAAGCGCCUUGUACGAAGAGGGCGUGGAUGAUCUCUUAGCUCUGGAUCGACCCUCUGAGGAAGAGGGGCUUUCAGCCAUUUCAGAUGUCGCUGGCAAGGUUGCUGCAAAACAGUAUCCAACUUCGGGGGAAUCAUUGAGUGUUGCAGCUGUUGCCUUAAGCGGCACCGUCACCUGCCACUUCAUAUCAUCCAGUGCUGAAUCACUGCAGCAAUGGCAUCAGCAUUUCUUUCAGAAGACAACGCUCAAGGACAUGGGACUACGUGUGCAACUCGGGCACAUGGGUUCCCCUUGCCUAGUUCCGAGGCCCGGCCACACGGAUUUCAUAGUCCUUCACACAAAUGGCCUACAUUAUGUCGUGACUUGCGCCACAUUCCGUCUACUCGAGCUCUUUCACACGAUUACUCUUACUGGGAAGCUGUUGGCUCACGAAUUUUACAAGGCGCUUGAGCAUCUCACAGACAAUACUGACCUGAAUGUUCCCAAGACACGGUAUAAGUCACUCAUGCGAAUGAUACAUGAGUUCCGCCAUCUCAAAUUGAUGAAGCACAACGGUCGGGGAAACAUCAAGAAUGGCCUCAUUAGUACCGGCCCCUCGGAUUUGACUGUACCUUGUCCCGCUUGUCCGAUCCCCGGUAUCAAUUUGCAAGAUGAAUGGGAACAAGUUCCCAAAGAAAUGAGGUUUCUUUAUACGUUGAUCCUAGCAUUGGAUGCGAACUUUCGGUUGAAGAACCUGAUGCAGUCGUCAAUCAAGAAGGACCCCGGAUUACAUACUGGCAUGGCCUACUUCACCGACGACGAGCCGUACCUCAAACAUAUUUUGAAGUACGCGACACAAAAGGAUAUCAGCUCUUGCAGCGGAUUCAAAACAUUGGCCCAUGCUGAAACCAAAUUUUCAGCAGGGCUGCGGUCAACGGGGGUCGGCAUGGCUUUGUGCGCCCGUCACGAAAUUGUAAGAAGUGGUGGAGUAGGCGAUCUCCAGAAGGGAGAAAGAUAUUGCAAUAUGGAUUACAUCUUGUUGUCCGCGCUCGCUCCCGUACUGGUCCUCGGAGUUUUUAUAUCGUACGACAUCGCCUGCCAGUUCAAAGUCAACUUCUUCGACCGCAUGGAAGCUCUCCCCGACCACCUGAAGUUACCCGAUGGUGUUUCCACUGAUUGGGGCAUUCCCAAAUGCCACUGCCCCAUGCACAAACUACCUUGUCAAGCCCCCCAUUCUCUUAACUUCAAAUUGGGUGUGGGACGAACUGACAGCGAGGGGAUUGAGCGGAGUUGGGCCAAGAUGAACCAAGUGGCCAAUAGCACCAAAGAGAUGGGCCCAGGAUCUUGCCAUGAUACGCUUGACGACCAUUUCGGUCACCACAAUUGGAGGAAAUACGUCUCGCUCGGUACAACGUUACAUUCCCGACUACUACUGGCUGUCAAGGAACAGAAGCGGCAAGAACACAUCUUCAAUGAAUUCACGGACUCUCUUCGUGAGGGUGGUAAGGUUGAUAUUGAGCAGUGGACGGCGAUGAUCGUCGCUUGGCAGAAAGACCCGAGAAAGACGAACCCCUACGUUUCUCUCGUCACUCAUGCAUCGCAAAACGACGUCAAGAACCAACUUUUGGAAGAGGAAAAGAAAGACCUUGCGGCAGGUGUACCGCAUAUUCAUUCAACGGGACCAACAGCGUUCAUCUUGAUGGGUUUAAUGAUAGAGGAAACUCAACGGCGCAUUGCAUGGGAUGCGAGGAGACCCGAAGAAUUGACAAUACAUCAAGAUAAUGAACUACAACAACGGCGGCUGGUGCUGAUGCGCCAACUAAAACAAUUUCGAAGCAUGCAAGAUGUCUACACCCCUGCAGCCGCCGUCAUGCUCGCUCAAACGGAAGAAGCUCAGCAACAUCUUCCUGAGGCGAAACACGUCCAACCUGAGGUCGAGCACCAGGAGUUGUGGCUGCCCUCUGCGCUUCCAGCCAAUCAUCGCAUGCACAGCUGCCAGGCAGGUUUGAUCGAUAUUGAAACAAGACUUCGGCAAGCACAGUGCCUGGACGCACUCGAGAAGAUUCGGACUCUACAACGAGGUCGGCUGUCUUUCAUUGGCUUUCGCAACAGAAACAUACGAGGCCAGAACCCGACGACACGAGCAGCAGACACAAUCAACCGGAUCGAGGACAAGAGCAAGGCACUGGCUGUCAAGUACCGCGCGACACGUCGGGCACUAUUCAACCUUAUGGGUCCAGGCGAUUGGGAGAGGGAGCUUAAGGAGUUCAACGAUGGAGACCUAACGACGCCUGAUGGCACCGAAAUCAGCAUAGAGGAUCCUAACGAGGAGAUCGGACCGGAUGGGCGCCUUUUGUCAAAGAAACGGCGAAUCGCUCUUGAAAGGGGACUCGGGGAGGGUAGGCGCGUGGUUUCGUGGAUCUGGACAAUGAAAGGGUCAGCAGGCAAUGGAGAAGACAACGAAUUGAAUGAGGCUUUACGUGUUGAGUGGGCCAAGGCACGAGCAAGAAGCCUACGGUGGUCGGAGGAGGUGAUGUUGUUGAAAGAAGAGAUGAGGAGGGUGAGGAAAACACUUGAAUGGAAGGCUUCGUGGUGGGACGACCGCCAAGAAGGCUGGUUGGGUUUAGACGCAGCAGCAAGCGAGGGGGUCAAAGCAUAUGCGGCGCGACAGGCGAGAAUCCAGCGCGAUCUUCACGCGAGAUUCACUCGUCUGUGGGACCAGCCUCUCGUGCCUUUUGUGCGUGAGGAGGACAGCGGUGAGGGAAGCACGAUGGUCCUCGAUCCCGUCGUCGAGGCUUUCUUCGAGGACGAAGAGUGA